AUGCUUAGAGGUGUUGUAACAAUUUUGUUAACUACAGUUGUAUGCAAAUUAUCAACAGCCCAAUUUAUGUCACCAUUUGGAAUGUUCGGUAACUUCGGAACACCUCAUUACAUGAAUCCAUUUAUGGGCGCAGUUAACAGUCUUGGAAUAAAUAUGGGUUAUGAUCCUGUAUCGAUGUCUGGUAUGGGCAUGAAUAUGUUCAAUAACCCAUAUCUAAUGAAUCCUUAUACAUCCUUUGCUUUCACUAAUAAUGGGAAUACUUUUGCGGCUGGCUUAGGUGCGCCGAAAUUUGGAUCACCACAAGCAUUCUUAAGAAAAAGAUUUAUUCCAGGAAUGGGUUGCAUAAAUCGAUCUGGUUGUGGUAUUGGUUUUCAAAAGACGGAAUAG